AUGUACAGAAGACGAAAAAAUCAGCAGUAUAGGAUCCUCACGAAGAUUUCGAAGGAACUGGAGAAGGCGUUGAAGGUCGAGAACUUGGCGAUGGAGGCCAUGGAAGAUGCUGAAGCGGUAUGGAAGUUCGAGGCCAUGUUCUCUGGAGAAGCUUACCAAGAGGACGGGGAGUGGAAGCGGAGAGAAUGA